AUGCUGUUUUCUGAAUUGUCUCCAUUUGCUUCAUCAUUUUCCUCUAUUAUUGUGUCAGAAAUAGGAGAUAAGGUAUUUGAAAUACAUAUGAUAGACAUUCUUCAUUACAGCAAUUUUGGGAAUGACUUAUUCAAUGAGUUUGGUAUUUUUGGGUUCAUACACAGCAAUGGUCUUGAUGACUUUAUUGUCUUGCUUCUUUGGAUAUUUGUUACCUUAAAUUUUGAAUCCAACUUACACACAUGCAAUAGCUUGUGCGAUGUUUUUUUAUUUUGGAUAAAAAUUGUUGAGGGAGUUCUGGAGUUCAGAGGAGAAUGAAAAUGACGAUGAAGAGUAGGAGGCAGCUUUAGAAGUGAAUAAGGUCAAGUCAAAGCUUAGCAAAUAAUCAGAUGCAAAGAAUGUAUCAAACUUGGAAGUCUUGAGAGCUGCAAUUGCAUUAACCUUUUUAGCAGAAUGGGGAGACAGAAGUCAGAUUACAACCAUUGCAUUGGCUACUGAAGAGACUUUCGUAGUACUAGUUGGUGCACUGCUUGGUCACUUUAUCUGCACAAGUACAGCAGUACUUGGAGGAAAAAUGAUCUCAUCAAAAAUUUCUGAAAAAUACGUAUUAUAUUUAAAAGAUUUAAUUUAGAUUCAUCUCUGUGGAGGUAUUCUAUUUGUCUUAUUUGGACUGCAUAACAUUAAAAUGCUUUUAUGA